CAGAAUCACUAAGUUUUAGACCAAUCAAGGAUGAUGUUCAUAAUAAAUUAUUAGAAUUAUUCAAAAAUGGUCACUCACCUUCCUCGGCACAUUAUACUCUUGAAGAUGAUCUUCAUUUUAGUGCUUCGAAUAAUCAAGAGUUGGUGGAAUUACUUGCAGAUCGGGCAAAUAACCCAGAUUACGCUUCAAUUUAUUAUAUUUUUCAACAAUACUGUGAUACUAUACUUGGAAGCCGUAAUGGAAAGCCAAUGUUAGAACGAUUAGAAUUGAUAGUAGAAGAUUAUAAUAGUUCAG